AUGUGGGUGGCAGGACUUGAAUGGGACGAGCUAUGCCCAAGGGAGUUAAUCCACAAGUCUCAAGAAUGGUUCUGUGAGUUGGAAGAGUUACCAAUGAUUAAAGUUCCCAGAUGUUUACGAUUUGGCCCAGAAGAAGUUGUACUGUCCGAGACCUUACACACCUUUGUAGACGCAUCGCAAGAUGCAUAUGGUGCUGUUCUCUAUUUGAAGGUUAUCUACGAGAGUGGAUCAGUAUCUAGUCAACUAGUUACAGCCAAGACAAGAGUUGCACCACUUGCGGCAACAAGUAUACCUCGUUUAGAACUGGUGGCAGCAAUCCUGGGACUAAGGCUGACCGAGUCAGUUUCCAGAGUUUACAGUGGUGCAUUGGGUCAGGCAGUCUUCUGGUCCGAUAGUAUGAAUGUCCUGUGGUGGAUAAAAGGAAGAAGUCGGAGAUUUAACCUUUCGUAG